CGCCUGCCAUGGCUAGCCGUGGCGAGGAAGGUUUAUCUAGGGCCGGCUGACUGCCUUCAUAACUUAUCUUUCUCAUUCACUCACCUUUCUCCUGUCUUGUCACCCCCCUCUGCACCACCGAAGUCUCCUGUACCAAUUGCAUAUCGGACGGACUGGCCUUGGCCUUAGCAUAAACUGGCUAAGAGACAAGAGCAUGGCACUGUUUAACUGGCUAGGAACCAAGUUGCCGGCACUCAUGCGGCCUUUGCUGCUGCUGAGCUUGGCCAGCUACCACUUCUUCAUAACAGUCUUCGAAGUCAUCUUCGUCGAACAAUCCCUAGGCCAGCUCUUUAACCUCACCAAGCUCCGCUACAAAGCCUUCGCUCGACUCUGGACUCGCAAUGGAGAGGCAAUGUCUCAAGAAAUGCCUGGGCCUCUCGACGCCCUCCUCCAAAAAUGCUCCGGCGUCGUCCUUGACAUCGGGCCCGGCUCCGGCGAAAUCCUCCCCCGCUUCAACGCGUCCAAAAUCCACACCAUGUACGGUGCUGAGCCCGCCGUAGACCUGCAUCCAGGGCUCCUCCGCAACGCACAGAAAGCAGGGUUUGGGGGCAAAUUCCAUGCGCUGCUGUGUGGCGGCGAGCCAGAGAGUCUGAUCCCCGCGCUGCAUAAGUCUGGGGUUCUGGGACGAAGCGGAACGAGAGGCACGGCGGAAAACGGCGUCUUUGAUGAUAUAUGCUGUGUCCGAGUUCUCUGCGGUGUUCCACAUCCAAAAGAGACAAUUAAGGGAUUGUACGAGUUGUUGAAGCCAGGCGGCCGCAUGGUCAUCUGUGAGCAUGUCGUCAACCCGUGGAGAAGUGAGGGUAGCAUAUUGGCCAGACUCGCACAGUUCGUGUAUACGGCCAUGGGAUGGCCAUUUUUUAUGGGCGGUUGCGAGCUACAGAGGCGUACGCCUGAGUACUUGCGAGAGGCGGCCGGGAAGGAAGGGUGGGCUCAGUUCCAGCUCGAGUAUGUGGAUCCGAAGGUUGCGGUUCCCUUCGUGAUCGGCGAAUUAAGGAAAAGAGGCUAGGCUUUGGGAAGCUAAAGAACGGCUCUGACAAGGUGAGCCACAAGCGGGAAGCGGUGGUGUGUGGUAGAAGCGGUUGUAUGAUAUGUGGUGUGAGUAAUUUCACGGAAACGGGGUCACAGCUUGUUAAAAAGCGUAUGUAGGUGGGGUGGAUGCCAAAACGAUCAAUGUAGAUGCAUUUGAAAGGGCAACUCACUCCAGUUACGAACUUUGUACUCAACUCAAACGAUUAUAUCCCACCC